GUGCUAUGUGCUAACCACAAAACCACUACACUUCAAUGUAAUCCUUCUGUCUCUUAAUUAAUAGUACCUUUUAUGUACUAUUUGAUGAGUGUAAAAACAUUUUAAAAGACUCACUUGAUAGUUAAGUCACUAUUUUAAGGAGUGGGGGGGACACUACUAAUGUUGUAACAUUAUAAUCAUGCCAAACUUUUUAUUUUCUUUCAUCUUGUUUAUACUUUCCUAACAACAACAAAGUCCUGGAGCAAAAGCCUAUUGAUUCACCAGUUUGCUAACCUACUUUGUCGGCUAUGUGCACUCUGUAACCAAAAUAGAGCUCUGGACUUAAAACCACCCACUUUUAGAAGUUUGGAAGGCGGCGCCUAAACUAGUGAGCGACAUUCCACACAUGAAAAUUUAUGAGCUUUUUUUUCUCAUUUGCUGGUUGGCUCAUGGACACUGCACCUCUGAUAUUCACAUUGGUUAUCAGGUAAGUCUUGCUAUACCAACAUCAUAUUGCAAAGGAUUCAUAGGCAGGGCUUUUCUAAUGGAAACUGAUCACAACCAAAUUGGACCAAAUUUUAGAGGUGGAAUCAGUGUUGAAGCCAAUAAUGAUAAAUACACAUGUUCACUUGAUGUUUUUCUGGGAGAUGUCAAGGUUUGGAGUUCUGGUCAUUUGUCACAAUUCUACACAAUAGACAAAUGUACACUUGAGCUAACUCAGUAUGGAGACUUAUUGUUGAAAGGGGGUCUAGAUGACAGAGUUGGAUGGAAAGCUGGAACUUCAGGACAAGGUGUCAAGAGACUGAACUUACUUGGGACAGGUAAUUUGGUGUUAGUUGAUGCUAUGAACUUGAUUAAAUGGCAAAGUUUCAAUUUUCCAACUAAUAUUAUGCUUUGGGGUCAGAGACUAAGCUCAAGAACUCGGUUAACAUCCUUCCCUAGCAACUCUAGUUUGUCAUAUUCUUUUGAGAUUCAGUAUGACAAGAUUGCAUUGUACUUAUACUCUGGAAAAUCGAAGUACUCGUAUUGGGAAUAUACACCUUUGGAAUUAGAUGGCCUGAAUAUCACAUAUGUUGAGUUAACUUCUAACGCGCUGGAGAUAUUCAACAACGAAAAUCGUAGAAUUGGAAGGAUAACAUCAGACAAGCCAGAGCCCUUGAGAUUUUUAGCAUUGGGAAAUAGCACAGGGAAUUUGGGAUUCUACUAUUACUCAUCUGACAAAGGAAAGUUUGAAGCUUCAUAUCAAGCACUAAACACUAGUUGUGAUCUUCCGUUGGCAUGUAAACCUUACGGUAUAUGUACAUUUUCAGAGAAGUGUUCUUGCAUAAGACUAAUAAAAAGAGGAGAUGGAUUGCUUUCUGAUUGCACUGAAAAUGUAAGAAUUUGUGGAAGAAAUGAUUCCCAAAUGCUAGAAUUACAAGGCGUUACGAGUGUAUUAAGAAGCAAUCCUUAUAAGGUCAAUGUGACCAAAGAAAUAUGUGCAAAUCUGUGCUUGGAUAACUGUACAUGUGUUGCAGCAUUACAUUUUUCUUAUGAGAAUGAUCCCGCGAAACCUGGAGAAUGCUAUGUGUAUGGACUAGCUAGAGGAGUUAAACAAAUCGAAAGAGAUGGAAGAUUGAGUUAUAUGGUGAAGGUACCAAAGGGAACUGAUCAAGGUCAUGAUAAACACUCUCAUUGGAAGAAAUGGAUUCCAUUAGUUGUAGGAGUGGUUGAUGGAGUUGUUUUGUUACUUGUUUUAGGAGGAGUUGGAUACUAUGUAAUACGAAAGAGAAGAAAGUCGUGCGUAGAUACUGGUCACAGCAAUUGAUAUUGUAUAGAUAAAAUUUUGUUUUCAAGAUAACAUUUUCUACAUCGAGAUAGCAAUUAACCGAUUCUCAUGAAAAAUCAAGGAUGAAGCUCGAGUGACAGAUACUAAACUUGUAACCAAAAACUUAAAUUUUUGAACUUGGCUUGGCUUGGCUUGGCUUGAUGAAUUGCCUGAGAUUGAGCAGAAUUCGAAGAAAUAGAAGUUUCAUAGGUAUGCAAGCAAUCUUUUCAGGGUUAAAAUGUUGUUACUUCACAAGAGAUUUUUCGAUUCCUAAACUGACAUGUUGAAUUUGUUGAUGUCUAAGGUUAGAGAGAAACGUCCACGAUAUUCAAUACUUCAAAAAUUGACUUACAAAAUGCGCGGCCAAAUGUCCCUAGUAUAAAAUAUAUGAAGUUAUUUUGCUCAAUUUGUAAACUAGAUUCUUUCAAUUCUCUUUUGAUUUGUUGUAACUUAGAUAACGAGAGAUUCAUGUUUCAUCUAAGUUCUUUUUAGCUCAGUGACUAUUUACC